UAGUAGUGGGGCGCUGUCCGCUAGCGGGUGAAAAUAGAAAAGAAUGUUUUUGGAAUCCAAUUGGACUUGGUUGGUCGAACGAUGGGGCAAUAUGGCCGACUUGGCCGAGCGGGUGGACGAUCUGAUAUGCAGUUUUGACUCGACUGGUGACACGACCAUGGAUACGUUGUCGAUGCUGAUGUUCGGCUGGAUGUUGUUCGGUUUGGUGGUACUGUGCGUCGGCCAAUAUAUUUACAAUCGGUUCGUUGUAAACGAGAUCGUUUCUGGGACAAUAGUUACCGCCAAGGACGGCCAUAUCGUUCACGGUGAUAGCGUGAGUGUCGGUGGUGGUGGUGGUGGUGGUGGUGGUACCGGUGGUGGUGGAGGUGGCGGUGGUAGUGGCAGCAAGUUACUUUCGCUUGGCAGGCAAAAAAAUCUUUCAUCGGGCUCGGGAGGAUCAUCUGGGGCCGGGGCAGGUGGUGGUGGCGGCGCCGGUUCCGGAUCAGUUGCACCCGUCAAUCAUCCGGCCGGUGGCGGUACCGGUGGCGGUACCGNCGGCCUCGUUUCCGGUACCGGACCCUCGCCCUCGGCUUACGUUCCACCGACGCCUCCUGUGCGCAAACGUCUCACCGCCAGGAAGACAUCCGGUGUUUUCGUCAGUCCUGCCAGGAGCACAAGAAGUUUGCAUCUACCGACCGCCACCGGUGCAGAUCCCGAUGCUGUACGCUGGGUUAACGAGGUCAUCGUUUGGCUUUACUGCGACCCGGCCAUUCUCGACGUUCUCUUGGCCGAUUGGGUCGUGUCUCUCAAUCAAUUUACCGCAAAUUCUGUCGACGAGCACGGAGUUGGAGUCGAGUUUGUUCGCGUUUUACCUGAAACACACCCGCCGAAUCUCUCCAACAUCUUUUGCGAGUGCGACUCCAAGGACGACGUGACGAUCACGUGCGAUUGCGAAGCUACUCCAGCGUUACAGCUGAAAGCGUCCCGCCGGAAAGCUGAUAAACUGGAAGUCAGUCACUAUCGAGUGAACGUAAAUCGUUUCCGCGCGCGAUUAAACGUCAUUUGCAUCACCGAGAAGCUGCUUCUCGACUUGAAAUGCGACGGUUGGCCGGAUGUGAAAGUAUCGUUGGCCCAAGUGGGCACAAUAAAGAAAGAUUUGGACGAGAGCCAGUUGCAGGAAGUUGUAACGGAAAUCGUAAUAGGCGCGUUAAGGGGGAUCAAUGUUCAUCUGAAUUUAUUCGAAUAUCCGAGCUGUCCGCGGUUAUGGAGGGAACCGGCCACUACGCAACCCAUCUUUUCGAUGCCUAUGCAUUACGACAGCAUGAACACGUCGAGUGGUUCGCUUCAAGCCUCGAAGCAACGACUUCAGGCUCAGAGUCAAAUCCCGAUCCAGAAUCAAUAUGUACAGGGUGAAAGACGACUGUUGGUUAAAGUUGUGAAAGCAACGGAAUUAGGCGGCAAACAAGGUGCCGCCGAACCAUACUGCGUCGUCGAAUUAGACGAACCGUCGCAAAAGAAUCAGACCUCUGUCAAGAAAGAUACCAGAAAUCCACUCUGGGACGAAGCAUUUUUAUUUGACGUGAAUCGGAACACGUCGGAAGUGUUGCUGGAAGUUUACGAUCGCGUGAAUAAAUCCCAACGAUUCUUAGGCCUGGGAAUCGUCGGGAUCGACGAGCUGCUUGCUAAUCCCAGCCAGAGACAGAUUAUACCUCUCCAGAAUCGGCCGUACGAGGAAGAAGAUAUUACCGGCACGUUGACCGUCGAGUUUCUGUUCAUCGAGGGUGCGGAGGUGCCUCAAAUCGGGAGCAAACCUUACAAGGUGAAGGAGACGAUAAAGCCGGUGUCACCGACUCCUCGUACCUACACUCCGACAAAUCUCAUCAGCGACAAUAGUCUAAAUUACAACAAUGGUAACAGCACACUUAUCUUGUACGACUCUACCGUUCAAUCCGAAGGGGAUUACCUGACGAACGGGAACGUGGUGGACUCGCCCUAUAGAACUGGCCAAUCGAACGGAAACAAAGGAACUCUGAUCGUGCACAGCCAGCAAAGGCAACCGGAGCGGCAGGUGGUUAAGGUCACCUUAACGGAAAGUGGAAACUGGCAGGAGAUCUCCCCGGAGCAUGGACCGAAAGACACUAGCGCAACAUCGGGACCAGAAAGCACUCCGAAUUCUUCAAAUUCCGAAGAAAGAGGCAGAACAAGAAGAAAACGACGAGACUUCUUCGGUACGAUAAAAAAACGACUGAGUCGAUCGAAAACAAGAAGUAGAUCGGUGGGACCAGAAGGUGACUCGAGUCACGAGGAUCAACACUCUAGAUCAAUAUCGGCGGAUAGAGCACGUGAUCCUGGCUCGGCUCGUUUAUCGAUACCAGGAAGGGAAGAGCAUUCGAGGCGAUCGAGUUUGAGCGAGGCUUCCGGUGUUAGCGGAGCGUCGGCCAGAACUUAUGUUAACGAGGCUUCCACCUUAGUUCUCGAGACUCUCGAGAACGGUAUCAAAAAACAUUACCUAGUACCAUUGUCGCUCGCACAGAAGAGCAAAUGGAGGAAGAAGGGCACGAAGCUGCACAUAUUCAACGAUCACACUUUCAUAGCGAAGCACAUGCCCGGCGGUACGGUGUGCGAGGUUUGCAAACGAACGCUCGUACGACGAUUGGGCAAACAAGGCUACGAGUGCAGAGACUGUCAAAUGAAAUGUCACAAGCAUUGUCACGUUAAAGUGGAUAUCACGUGUCCCACGUCGACCAUUCAGAGCAUCGAAUUAACGUGCAUAAAGGUUCCCGAGCUCGAGCGAAGAUCAAGCAGCCGCCUCUGCUGACCCAGCGUUGGACGAACGCGUUCGAUAAUCGAGAACGUUCAUCCUGUCUAGGAUCCUGUCAUUUCUCCCCAUUUUUAAACUGUCGUUCAAAUCGCUUCGUACGUAAUCUCACAUUCGCGAGGCGAAUCACGCUGCAUCGCCUCGCAAAUACCAUAGACAAUCGCGCGCGUAACAAAGCCUGCAAGAGUUACUUACGACAAAGCGUAACGAUUGCCUUCCAAGCACGAAGCGCUUUUGAACACCAUAAAGCACCGUUCUGUUAUACCGCUACUCUUACUAUUACGCUUCCCAAUCUAUGCAAAACGAACCCGAACGAGAACGUAUGAUCGCGAAAGCGAAGCAACAAACGAAACGAAACGGAAGAGAACCGAAUCGAUAACUUUCCUUCAGACGCGGAAGAAGAAGAGAAAGAAAAAUGGAAAAAUUUGUUUCACGUUUAGAUAGCGGCGCUAUCUCGAGCAAGAAAUCGAUAAGAUUUCAGAGACGAAUGAUAAAAUAUUAAUCCUCCGAUAUUCAUUUCAUGAAACACUUUUUACGCUCAAAACAAUCGUCCGAUUUUUUAUCGACUUACUUAUACAUGUAUCUACAGUAAUGUUAAGCGACAACAUCGUAUCCCUAUUUCUCCCAAUUUUUCUUUCGUUCGUUUCUCUCGCUCGUUCUUUCAUAGGAACACACAUACACACACAUACAUACGAGAAGCAUUUUCUUUAGAGGGAUACCCGAUGAGAAAUUUCAUGAAAUUACGUACCGGUGAGAAACGAGACGCGUGAAGUCGUGAGGAGAGAGAGAGAGAGAGAGAGAGAAUAUAAUGUCGACGAUAGUGCCUCCAGAUACGAAAGUUCGUCGUGAUCUUUGAAAUAUUUAUCUCGUGGAAAGAAAGAGAAAUAUAUGUAAUACUUUUGACAAUAUUUUCGAUCGCUAUAUGAUGAAUUUCGAUCGAUGAAAACAAAAAAAAAAAAAAAAA